AUGAACACCAAAGGCGGUAAAAAGACUGUGAAAAAAGCAGUCAAAGGGAAAGUAAAAAGUAAUGGAGCUGGAACCGAUUUAUCUGCAAAGGGGGAUCUUGCAACAAGGGUUAAUGCCAAGACGGACAAAAAAAGAAAGCGUCCGAAAGAGAAUUCGAUAGUUGACAAUUCAGCAACCGUAUCAGCGUCUGAGGAGAUUGAUUUUCCACGGGGCGGAAGCAUUGUACAAAAACCGAUCAAAGAUGAGCAAGACGAGAUGCAGGAAAGCACAGAAUCACCUAAAAAGAAACGUAAACAUUCCAAUACUAGCAAACACGCCAAACAGGCUUCAAAGGAUGAGAUUAAUCGCGCUAUGCGCCCAGUAGAGAUAUUGACUUUCAAUAAAUUAACUGUUGGUACAUGUCUUCUGGGCCAAAUCCAGCAGAUCGACGACAUCGAGCUUACCGUUUCACUGCCAAACCAACUUAUCGGUUAUGUACCGAUAACUCAAAUUUCUUCGGCCAUUUCCAGGGCCGUUGAGACAGCAGCUAACGCUGAUUCUGAUGACGAAAUGUCAGAUGAAAGUAAUUCACCAUUGCCUGACCUGAGGAAUUUGUUCGCGGUUGGACAAUGGGUCCGUUGUGCUGUUCUCGGCAAAGAAGGAGGUAAUAAUGACAACGUAAAAGACAAGCGGAAAAAGAGACGAGUGGAGUUGAGUUUGAAUCCAGAGAUUGUGAAUAACGGCAUCGUGGUCGACGAUCUCGUCAAAGGAAUGAUAUUGUCUGCAGUUGUAGACAGCGUUGAGGACCAUGGCUAUAUUCUGUCAUUUGGUUUCAAUGGAGUAAAUGGCUUUUUACAUGAUAAGGAUGCGAAAAAUUAUAUUUUAGAGCGUAACAACAACCAACGCUUAAUAGUCGGACAAUUGCUCACAGUGAGCGUCCUCAAAGUAAACGACGAUCGCCGAACAGUCAAAGUAACGAUAAACCCAAAAAUUAUAUCAUCCUCAUUAAUCUCUGACGCCGUUUCCAACAUUGCUUCCUUAACCCCGGGAAACCUUGUCGACGUAUUGAUAACUGAAAUUCACGCCAACGGCCUUAUUGGUAAAAUCAUGGGAUUCUUUGAUGGUAUCAUAAACUGGUUCCAUGUUGGCGAAAAGUUUGUUACAGGGCUUAAGGAUUUGGAGAGUAAAUUUAAGCCGAAUAUGAAAAUACGAGCGCGGGUUAUCUAUACCAUGUUUUCGAAUACCGAGAAAAAAAUUGGCUUAUCGGCUGCCGACCAUGUGAAGAGUUUGGGACUUUCAAAAUUGAAUGAUACAGCUACAUCAGUCAAACCUAUGACUGACGCGUUUCCUAUCGGGGCUAUAUUUGAGAAAGUUGUCGUAAAGAGAGUUGAUAGUAAGUCUGGAUUAGUCGUUGAGAUUGAAAAUUUGGCUAUUGCCGGAUAUGUGCAAAAAUCGCAAAUUUCCGACGAGCCGAUCGCCUCUCGUCCUGCAAAUAGCGGCAAAUUUAAUAUAGACUCUACUCAUCGCGCACGUGUCGUGGGAUAUUCUAUGGUAGAUGGGUUAUUACAGUUGUCUCUCAGAGAAUCUGUGCUGAAACAAAGCUUUUUAAGGCAUGAAGAUAUCCAAGUUGGACAAGUGGUUAAGGGCACCGUACGAAACUUAAUUCCUAGUGGCGUCAUUGUAUCUCUAGCUGAGAACAUAACGGCACUCGCUCCAACUCUUCAUUUGUCUGAUGUAAAACUUACUCAUCCUGAACUCAAAUUUAAACCUCAAGAUACGGUCAAAUGUCGCGUCCUAGUUACAAACCCAUCCGACAAGCGCGUUUUGGUCACAUUAAAGAAAGCCCUGGUUAAUAGUAACUUUCCUAUUAUUACAUCUCUCGCCGAUGCGAAAGAAGGUUUAAUUACUCAUGCCGUCAUAACGGGAAUGAAUCGAGCGGGCUGUUUUGUUACUUUUUAUAAUAGUUUUUCUACAUUUGUGCCGGUAGCAGAAUGUAGUGAGACUUUUGUAAAUGACGUGAGUGAAAAGUUCUCAAUUGGACAGACAAUAAAGUGUAGAGUUAUGAGCGUCGACCAAGAGAAAAAGCUACUUAAAAUAACGCAGGGCAAGGUUGUCUCCAAAAAGUCAAAUACACUCAUUCUUUCGCUGCAACCCUCUCAAAGCCGCGCUGUCCUGCAUCAGUCACAUUUGUCGGAUCAUAUCGGUUCCCAUGCACAGCAACUGUUUGAUUCGAUAAAAGUUGGUGACGAUUUGCAUGAUAUUGUAGUGAUCGGAACGAAUAAAACUAAAAAUGCUGUUUAUGUGAGUAAAAAGCCGAUGCUUGUACGGGCGUGCAAAGAAGGAAAGUUGCCGGAAAAGUUGGAAGAUGUAAAUAUUGGGGAUUUCGUGGUUGGAUACGUGAAAUUGGUGACAGACUUUAAAGUCGUAGUGAGAUUUUUGGGUGAUUUCGAAGGGGUGGCUAUGAGACACACAAUAGCGGAUCAGUACAUUGCAACCCCCAUUGGCCUGUUUCAUCCAUUCCAAACGGUAAUCGGCCGUAUUACUGGCAUAGACACUGAACGUGGUAAACUCGAACUCACUCUCAAGCCUUCAGAGACGCCGAUAUCAUCUAUUCCGUACAUAUCCGAGGAUGAUUUCAUCAAAAGCUACUUUGCCGAAAUCCCUCAACCAUCUUUUGCAAAGUUCAUUCAAAUAGGUCGGAAAGUGAAAGCCAAGGUGAUCCAAAUAACAGAGGACGCGUGGAACGUCGAAAUGAAAAAUAGUGUUAAUGGUAUUGUUCGGAAAGAACAAACGGGUGGAGCGGUAGUGAACAUUGGAGAUGUUGUAGAUGCGAUUGUAUUAGAUGUCGACGGUACAGAGAAUACGGUUUACUUGAGUACAAGAACGGAACUACUUGAAAGUGCUGAUAAUGACAAGGAAAAUAGGACAAAACUUUACAAAAAUUUAAAAAGUUUGGCUAAAGACGGUAUACCAAUUGACGCAAUAGUCGAACUCGUAAAAGAAGACUAUGUUAUCCUCUCACUUCCCGACCAUUCGUAUCAAUUAACGUUUGCGCCACUAAAAUCCUACAACCAACGCUCAAAGCCGCUUUUUCGAGUUAAACCACUACUCAAGAUCCAAACCAAAGUCAUACACGUUCCCAAACCAAAAAAGAAGUCUCUUGAUCGCGGAAUUUCACUCAUACAUUCAACACCAUCUGACUCCACCGCCAAGAACGAAAACUCACUGUUGACAUUGAAAGAUUUCAAGGAAGGACAAAAGGUCAUGGGAACAGUAACAGGAGUCGAGAAAUAUGGUGUAUUUAUAAACAUUGAUAAUAGUAAAGUUGCAGGAUUGUGUCAUAUCUCGAAAAUUUCGGAUGACUUUGUGAAAGAUGUAUCGAAAUUGUUUUCUGUCGGGCAAAAGUUAAAGACAUGUAUAUUGAACAUUGAUCGUGAAAAAGAAAAAAUAUUUUUUGGACUCAAGCAAUCGUACUUUGAAGACGAGGAAAAUGCAGAUAUUGAAGACACCGUCGGAGAGAUUCUUGACAGCAACACAAGCAAACCGGACAAUGGUCUCUGCUUAGAGCUAGAUUCCGACACUGAAAUGUUCCCAUCACAAUCUGUUCCAAUGGCGAUUGAAGAUGACCCCAAGAUUAGCUCCGUAUUUACCAACGAAGAUAUAACUCCAUUACCGCUUUCUGAUUCAUGGAAUUGGAUUAAUGUCGAUGAUGGUAACAGACAGUCGAACAUUAAUUCCGAUAAUGACAGUCUAUCAGACGCGACCGAUGAUGAUGGCAGCCCAAAGAAGAAAAAGAAAAAGAAAAAGAAUUUAAUCGAGGCCAAGGACAUCACCGAGGAUAUCUCAAAACGCAAACCGGAAUCCAAUGCCGACUUUGAAAGACUUUUACUCGGCUCGCCUAAUUCUUCUUAUAUGUGGAUAAACUACAUGGCUCAUCAACUGAAUCUAUCCGAAAUAGACAAGGCACGAGAGAUAGCUGAGCGUGCAUUAAAGACGAUAAAUUAUCGGGAAGAACAGGAAAAGAUGAACGUAUGGACUGCGUUUAUGAAUUUGGAGAAUACUUUUGGAACAGAAGAGACUUUUGAACAAGUGUUCAAGCGGGCGUUACAAUCGUGCGACCCGAAACAGACUUAUUUUGUGCGUGCUGAGAUUUAUGAACAGUCGGAAAAGUCUGAGCUGGCCGAGCAGACAUAUAAAACAAUGCUGAAAAAGUUCUCUCAGAGUUCCAAAGUAUGGACGAGAGCAGGAUUGUUUUACAUGUUACAAGGAAAGCUCGAGACAGCUCGCGACCUAUUGCAGAGAAGCUUAAAGUCACUCCCUAAACAUAAACAUGUGAAGACAAUAUCAAAAUUUGCCCAGAUUGAAUUUAAACACGGUGAACCCGAACGCGGGCGAACAAUAUUCGAGGGUGUAAUGACCACUUAUCCCAAGCGCAUUGAUUUAUGGUCGAUUUACAUAGAUAUGGAAAUUAAAGUGGGCGAUAAAGCAGCGGUUCGACGGCUCUUCCAGAGAGUGACAUCCAUAAAAUUUUCCUCCAAAAAGAUGAAAUUUAUGUUUAAGAAAUGGUUAAUGUUUGAGAAGACGCAUGGGACGGAAGACGAUGUUGAAGAAGUGAAGAAUAAAGCAAAAGAUUAUGUUGAAGGACUGGGUAGCCUGAAACAAGAUGAAUGA